AUGUCCAACAUUUCCUCCACAAAUUUGCUCACCACCAACAAUGAAGAGCAAACUUCCCUCAUUGAAGAAGAAUGGGAAUUCAAAGCUCCUAAAUAUUUUGACUUUGAUAAAAUCCUGUUCUCAUCAUCAGAAGAUUCCCACAAUAAGAGUCAUACUGAUCAAUGGUUUUUCACCGAAGACGCACAACAUUUGGAAUUUCUCGAUCCGAAAUACAUUGAUUUGAAUAACCAACCACAACAACAACAACAAAUCUUGUUCCCCAACGGUGCUGGUUCCAUGAUGAAUCAUACCGACAUUACUCUCAGUAACAUUAGCACCAUUUCAAAAUUCAGUGUUCAUCAUCAUGACGAUGAUGGAGCCUCUCUCUACUCUUCGGGUAGCAACAAUAUUCAAUCCAUCCAACCACAAGGCACUCUAUCAUCAUCACUCUUCUCCAAUAAUUAUCAUUCCGUACCAGCUCUUGCCUCUCAACAAGCACACAAGAAGCCCACAAGUCGUCGUCCAGCGCCAAAGCUUACCAUUCCCCAGACUCUGAAAUUCAUGACAGAUCAGAGAAUGAAGCAGAAAGGUCAAAUGAUCAUGAACCCAAAUACAAGUAAGGCGUCUUCAACAACAAUGAUCAAAACAACACUCAAAGUGGAGAAUAAGGAUUUGAAUUUGACCAAAUUCAAGACAAUCACCCGACCCAAGUUAAUGUCUCCAAAACCCUUCAAGUUUGCAACUGAGAGUAGAGCUGGCCUCAAGAAUCACAACAACAACAACAACACGAGCAUCUUACCUCCUGGUCAUUCUCCUUUCAAUAAGAGCAUGCUUCAGAAAAUUAAUGAGAUGAGAACCAAGAUGCCUUCUCGAUGGAAAUGCAACACGAGUGUGAUGAAAUCAUCGUCAUUGGCAACACCAGGAACUCCCUUGUCAAGAAGUAAACCACUCAAGAUUACCAAGCCAUGCUCAUUCAAGUUACGAACCAAAUUCAGAAGUAGAAUGAGAGCACAACCAGCUCAAACAACACUUGACAAUGUUGUUCGUGUUGAAUUUAAGGCAAGACCUCUCAAUAGAAAGAUCUUUGAAAGUUCAGGUCAAAUGGGACUCGGAAGAGUGGUGAAACGAGAGGUCACUCAUCCUGAACAGUUUAAUCUUCGUACCGAUGAACGAAUUAAGAAGAGAAAGUUGGAUCAGAGCAAGAUUGCACUCGAUGAUGAGAGUUGUAGCAAUAGUACCAUGACUGCUUCUGAUUGUUCUCGUCGUCCCAUCAAGACUCGAAAACUUCAAGACAAUACUCUAAAUUCCACACAAAGUAUUUUACUUCAGACGUCGAGAAGUGUCAAACCACCGACCAUUCCAGAGUCACCCAAUUUAAGAACCAAGCAACGAGCUGCACUACACAAUAGAACUGCUCCUCAACCUGCCACCCCAAACUCUCCUCAUAUUACUUUUCGUGCGAGGCCUUUACCAGCCACCACUUUUCAAAACUCGUGCGCCUUUGUACCAACAUUGAAUGAGCACGUCACCACUGUACCUGAGCCCUUUCAUCUCAAAACAGAAGAACGAGGAUUCAUGUAUCGAAAACAAUUUGAAUCAAGAAUGAUCGAGGAGGAAGAAAAGGAAAAUGAAAGUCGACAAUUUAAGGCAAGACCUAUUUUAAAGUCAGUCAUGAAUGGAUCCUUGUGUGAUGCCAGCAAUAGCAGUAUCAGUAGUAGUGUUCGGUCGAAUAUUACGAAACCCAUUACAAUUCCUGUGUCUCCAAAACUUCUCACCAAGAAUAGAGCUCGUUCUGAAGGAGACUCGAUUUUGAAAAGUGUCAUUAUUGGACCUUCUCUACCAAAUACGUCAACUUUUAGAGCACGACCCAUGCCACACUUUUAUCAUUCAAAUCCUUCCACUUCCAUUCAACACAAAACCUCACGGAAUAUGGAUGUGACUCAUGUGGAGCCUUUUCAUUUGAGAACAGAGGAGAGAGGACAAGCCUAUCAAUUUAAAUUCAAGAGUCGAAUGGAAGAACUUUCAAAAAUGUCCUCAAAAGAAGAUGCGUCUGGUUUGACCUCUUCGUUCACAACAACUAGGAAGCAAGUUUCUUCCACUCACACCACCACUGCUACCACUCUUCGAUUAUAA